AUGCAAGUAAAAUUCUACAAAUGCAACAAGUUUGGGAAGGUCUUUCUCAGUAAUUCAGACCUCACUGAACACUACAUUAUCCACUUUGGGGAGAAGCCCUAUGGAUGCAGUGAAUGUGGAAAGGCCUUCAGCCACAGGUCACACCACACAGAGCAACAGCAGGUUCACACUGGGGGGAAACACUAUGAGUGCAUCGAAUAUGGGAAAGCCUCCAGCCACAAGUCACACCUCACGCAGCACCAUCGGAUUCACAGUGGAGAAAAGCCCUAUGUGUGCAAUGAAUGUGGAAAGGCCCUUGUUCAAGAUUCUGAUUUUAUUUGGCAUACUAGAAUCCACAGUGGAGAAAAACCCUUUGAUUGCAAAGACUGUGAGAAAGUCUUUCAUGACAGCUCUUCAGCAACUUCACACAUGAGGUGUCACCCUAGGGAGAAGCUCUAUGGGUACAGUGAAUGUGGAAAGACCUACAGCUAUAGCUCAACUCUUAAUGAACAUCAAAAGACUCAUAGUGGAGAGACCAAAGAGAAUCUCAAAUUGCUAGGGAACUUCAGGGCAUGA